CUAGUUUUAGAGGAGAGAGAAAAUAAGAAAGAAAGAGUCAAGGGUUUACGGUUUGUGUACUAGUUUAACAACAACAACAACAACAACAACAACAACCUACCAGUCACCCUGAAACCCCAGUUUUCCUGAAGAAGAAAAAAAACAAGCGAAAAUGGAGCAGGUUGCAGAGGCCGUUAGCAAUCUCACCAUCACAGAUUCACCCAACAACAAUGAAAAUAACAACAACAAUGAGAACAACAACAACAACAACAACCACAACAACAGCAGCAGCAAUUUCAACAACAACAAGAAAAACCGUAUUCAAGUUUCCAACACUAAAAAACCCCUUUUUUUCUACGUGAAUCUUGCCAAGAGAUACAUGCAACAGCACACAGAGGUGGAGCUCUCUGCUCUUGGAAUGGCCAUCGCAACAGUUGUCACAAUUGCUGAGAUUUUGAAGAACAACGGAUUUGCUGUUGAGAAGAAAAUAACCACUUCAACAGUCGACAUCAAUGAAUCAGGUGGGAGGCCUGUCCAGAAAGCUAAGAUCGAGAUUGUACUGGAGAAGUCAGAGAAAUUCGAUGAGCUGAUGGCCGCUGCUGCAGCAGAGGCUGCUGAAGAAGAGGAGCAGGCGUAGGAUGUCCAAGCUCUACAGUUUUAUCUAUCAGACUAUCAGUCUCUAUUGUGUGUUUGCUGCUGGGUUGUCUUGAUUUCUGCCAAGUAAAUUGUACUAACAGAUUUAGCUACAAAGGCUUUCCCUAUCAAUUUUGUAACACAAGGAAACAAAUCUUGUACUGGCUUCUCACACUGCAAAUUGUCAUUUAUUAUUUAUGUUAUGCUUAUAGGAUUUUUGAUUGUCGCA